UCAGCGUACAGAGCAGCAGACAGUGAACCAAGCUUGUCUUUAAAAUCAACCUAUUUACACUCACACUAACUCAGUAGUUAUUUAUGUUACGGUGAUAUUUAUUUUGGAUAUUUUCUUGAAGAAGAACAGCAAGGAAACCCUCUUUGAAGACGCCUCCACUCUGCUCGCUUUAAGCUUUUUACCAACAGAGUCAUUUUCAGCAGUCUGAGGAAACAUGAGCUUCCUUUUGAUGCACAAACCUCUUAUCCAUUGUUUUGUGUCUGGAAAUCGUUCCUCCAAGACAUUCAAGCCCAAGAAGAAUAUCCCGGAGGGUUCUCACCAGUACGAGCUGUUGAAACAUGCAGAGGCCACACUGGGAAGUGGAAACCUGCGCAUGGCAGUCAUGCUGCCCGAGGGCGAAGACUUAAAUGAGUGGGUCGCAGUCAACACUGUGGAUUUCUUCAACCAGAUCAACAUGCUGUACGGCACCAUCACAGACUUUUGCACAGAGGAAAGCUGUCCGGUCAUGUCCGCUGGUCCUAAGUACGAGUACCAUUGGGCUGAUGGAACCAACAUCAAGAAGCCCAUCAAGUGCUCCGCUCCCAAGUAUAUCGAUUACCUCAUGACCUGGGUGCAAGACCAGCUCGACGAUGAGACACUAUUCCCUUCAAAGAUUGGCGUCCCCUUUAAGCGAAACUUUAUGUCCGUGGCAAAGACCAUCCUGAAGCGCCUGUUCAGAGUCUACGCCCACAUCUACCACCAGCACUUUGACUCCGUCAUGCAGCUCCAAGAGGAGGCCCACCUCAACACGUCAUUCAAACACUUCAUCUUUUUUGUUCAGGAGUUCAACCUCAUCGACAGGAAAGAGCUGGUCCCACUACAGGAGCUGAUUGAAAAACUGACAACCAAGGAUAGAUAAACAGCGAUGUAAUUCUUAUUUUAUUGGUCUUCUAGUUUUUGCACAGAUACCCACCCCACCCUGGCUAUAUGUAUGCAGUAUAUACUAUAUUUCCAUUUGGGGAAAUGUUUUUAAUAAGGCCAGGAAGAAGGAAGGGUCUUGAUAGGUUUAAGGCACCAGGACUAAUGCUAUCAGGGAUUAUACACUUGAUUGAACAAACCACAGAUUAACAUAUUAGAGUAAAUGGUUUUAUCUGAAUGGAAAGAAAUCCCCAGUAUUCAGUCAUGGCUUACAUUUAGGUUAGCAUACAUAUAUGUUGAUUAGUUUUAUAUUAAACUGCACAGAUGUUUUUUUUUUCUCACUUGGAUUUAUAGCAACAAGAGGCAUUUUCAUGCUCUCAGAUUUCCAGCUUGCCUGCAGGGAAGAAUAGUGUGUACGCAAAGUUGCUGUAUCAUAAUAGGAAAGUGUUUUUUUUUGGUGUUACGAUAAGAAUUUAAGCCAGCCUUUUAAAGCCGAUUCAAGAGCUAGUUAUAUUAUCCGCUAAUCUGCACAGAAUGAGCUGGGUCGCAGUUUUGCUAUCUAUCAGUAAUCGCCCACAUCUGUUAAUACAAGAGAAUCCUAAGUGCCUAGCAUGGCUCAUAAUUGCCCUAUACCAACAGUGAGAACUGUAACAAGAUAAAGGCCAUACACUACUGAGAUGAUUGACACAACUUUAAAUUUGACACCCCCGCCUCCCAUUUAAGUUUCUCCACUUAUACCGCUGAUCUACAUGUACUGUAACUUAGUUGAUUUUUUUUCUCUCUAUUUAAAACCACACUACUCCUCAACAUGAUCCGUACUUUAUUAACAAGUGUUCUGUGCAGGUUAUGAUAAAUGAAUGUGUUGAAAGGACAUAGAAGCAAGGCUAGAUUAUCGUCACGUCAUAGCAGGGACUGAAAAUUAACGAAAGUUUUAGCGUGUUACUAGUGACAUGUUUUAUGUGUACUAGUUUCUCCCCCUCUCCUACAACUUAAAUUUGUUUAGAAAAAGGCAUCGAAAAUCUUAAAUUGUACAUAAAGGUCCAUAAAUAGAAGUAUAGACCUGUGUUCAAAGUCACAAGCUCCGCUGUUCUAUAUACAAAUACAAGCAUUUUAUGAAUUGGUUAAUGCUGCAUCCCUUGUUAUCUCACUAGCCAUAAAGCACUUUGAACAAUUUUCCUGACCUCUCUUGCCUGAAUGUGUAUUCUGCAUAGACUGUGCUUUGUGAGAAGCUGUAUCAUGUGACUGAUCAUAGUUUCUUUCCUCUUCCACUCUUCCAUUCCCCCCCCCCCUCCCCCAAAUGAAUGUUGAAUUGCUUAAGUUCCUCUGAAAUCGGCUGUAAGGCACAAAGUGAGAUUUCUUACGCUUUUGUACGGUCGGAGUCGUUUGAAGCGCUGCGACAAACGACAGAUGCGUGUUUUCCCCCCAAACUCAAAGUGUAGUUUACUAUGCAAUAAUUGACACAACGCUAAAAAGGGUUACCAGUUGGCUCACUCGUACUUUAUCUAAUAUUAAUUUUCCUUCUUUUUCUUUUUCUAAAUUGUGCUUAAAGUUUGGUUUAUGAUAGAAAUAGAUUUGCUUCUCCUUCAGGUUUGGUUUCAAAAUCAGUGACAUGAACAUUUUAUAUAUCUUACUAUUAAAAUUUGUCAGAGAGGUGUAAUACUUCAAUGCACACAUGUAAAUACUGAGGGUUAGACCUGUCUUUAAAAAUAAGUUUAAGCGAGCAUGGAGUGGUAGCGUUUGGUUAAAAGAAUGCAUUGAGUCUUUUUAGAGGCUGCUUUCCCUUCCUCCCGAUUUUUGAAUAUUAAAGUCUGUUUGUUUGUUUUAAUUGUUGAGUAUAUUUUCCCCCCAACUUCCUUAGCUAACUAUUACGAAUGUUACUGCUCACCCGAUGUCUGAAAAUGUCAUCCUGAAAGCAUCUCAUCCUUAUGAAAUGCCCACAGCAUAGCCUAUUGCCUACAGUUUUUCUCCUUUUGACUGUAAUAAUUGAUGAAAUGUUUGUAAAUAAUGGCUCGGUAAGGGGUUUUCAAUGCUACUGAAUUGAUUUAUGCUGUUUACAAGGCAAAUAAAGAUGGUCUUGACUCUUUGAA